AUGCGGGCGGCCUCGCCCCCCGCGACGCCCGAGAGCGAUCAGGAGGAACCGGCGUCGACCUCGCCUCCAGCGACGGACUCUCCGCUGGUCAAGGCUGCCAAGGUCGAAAGCGCAUCCGGGGAGGUCCUCAGGUGCGGCCUCCCUGGCUCCGGCAGGCGCGAGAAGGGACGGCCGCGGCUGCGGAGCGCCGCUCGCGGAGGCGCUGCUGGGGUCCAGGACAGGGCCGGCGGGGCUGCCCAGCGGGAUAUGGAUCACGAUCAAUUCAGCAACCUUUGCGACACUUCCACAGACGACACCGCGGCGUCUCGGGGCGCCAAACGCCUGCGGGAGGGCCUCGGCGGGGAGACGUCAGACGACAGCGACGCCGCGGAGCAGCCCCCGCAGCAGCGGCAGCGGCUGUCGGCCCGCGUGCCGGCCGGCCCCUCCCGCGGCGGCGGUGGCGGCGGAGGUGCGCGGGGCGCGGCGCCGCCUGAAGACGACGAGGACGACAUCAGGCCGGACGACAUCGAGCGCGUCAACGACGACGCCGUUCCCGACGUGGACGUGCUGUUCCCCGCCGGCGCGACGGCGGGCGAGGAGGAGGUGGACGACGUCGAGGUGGGGGAGGAGGAGGUCGAGGUGGCGGCGCAGAUCUCAACGGCGGAGGAGGUGGUCGGGGUGGCGGCGCGAGCCCCGCUGACGCGCGACGUGCGGCCGCGGCAACAGCAGCAGCAGCCUCUCACGGGGUUUCAGAUGCUGGCUGCAGCGACGCGCGCCGCACGACCGGUGGCGGACGCGGAGGUGGCGCGCGUCACGGCGGACGGCGACGACGUGGCGGUGGGGCGAGCCGUCGCCCGCAAGGCGACGUCCGUCUUCGGCUGGAGCGCCAUGUCGGACGUCAAGCACGAGGAGUCGCCGCUGCUGCCCGAGCACGCGGGGGAUGUCGUCCCCCUGCUGUUCAGACAGCUGCGCGGCGUCGUGUACUUGCACCGCCCUGGCGGCGCGGGCCACGGCCCGGUCGAGGUCCGCGCACGCGACGCCUGGACUGGUCGCGGGCUGCACGUUCCGGGGCCGGGCGAGGAGCAGCGAGGCCCGUGCCUGUCAAUAGACAGGCUGACCCCUCUCUCGCACCUCGUUGCGAUUCUGCGGGGCCUCUUCGGAUACACGGACCAACACCUCAACUCUCUCCUCGGGGCAGCCCGGGACACGACGACGGACGCCGGCGAGCUCGCGGAGUUCUUCCUCCUGAUAGGCGCCAUGCCGACUGCGGGGGGGGCCGGCACGCCCUCCAUCGGCAAUCGCGCGAACCCGUAUCGCGCAAUGCUGCAGGAGUGCAGCCCGGGCGUAGAGCGGUCCACGCUCGAGUACCAGAUCAGGUACAUGUUAUACGGUCUCCUGAAGGCUGCGCACCAGCGCGACGUGGACCGCCUGCGCAACCCGAACUCCGACCUGCGGAAGCACCUCGGGCCGGACUUCCCGAUCCCCCCCCCGCCCGGGUGGGAGGACGUGGACGAGCUGUACCAGCAGCUCAUGUCGGAGCUCGGGUGGCUGUGCCCGAUCUCGGGCCGCAAAGUCCCGAUGAUCCUGAUGCUGCCCGGGUCCCUGGGCGUCUUCGGCUCGUUCGGCGGCGGGUACUUCUACCUGCUGACGGUGGACGCCAAGGACGCCUUCAAGCCGCACGUCCGCGGGAACGUCCAGCUGGCCUGCUGGGGGUGCAACCAGAUGAAGGCGCAGCUCGCGAUGCUGGAGGCCGUGCAGGGCAUCGCCGAGCACGCGGGGUGCUUCGUCGCGCGCCUGAGCGCGGCGCCGGGGACCGCCGACGCGUUCGCGCCGGAGAUCGCGGAGCGGCUGUGGCCCGCGGGGGGGAGCCGGCGCCGCACGCUCCUGCCGGAGACGGCGCCGCGGGCGGGGUCGUCGAACGCGCCCGGCGACCGCCAAGACCUCGACCAGGCCGUCUGGGACAGCGCGUUCGUCUGCAUCGACGUUCAGAUCCGGAGGCGACUGACGGAGAUCCGCGCCCGGAUCACGUGGAUCGGGCCGGGGCCCAUCAACUGCCCCUACGACGUGCGCUGCGUCGUACCGGUGGCGCACGCCCCUGGGAGGUGCGUGUGCAUCUCGGUCUACGCCUGCCCGGACGGCCAGCUCGUCGCCGUCCGGGUGAGGUGGGGGAUCUGCACGGACUGCCGGCAGGACCGCGAGGUCGUCCCGGGACUCAACAAGUUCCGGGGCGGGUUUUUUCGCUGUGGCGUGUGCUAUCAGCGGUUCCACACCGCCGAGCAGAACAACACCAUCGUCCCCGGGUCGGCGUCGAGGGACGGGCUGACGCCGUUCCGGGGGCUGGUGGUGUGGCGCGGGUGCCACAGGACGGAGCACUGCGACCUGCCCGAGGACUACGAGCACAAGAUCUGCCGCCUGCACCUGCUCCCGCUGGUGCCGCGGGAGCGCCUGGAGCUGAGGCGUCGGGAGGUGUGCUGCGCGAACCCGGCCUGCAAGCUGCACGUCUACGACGUGGCCUUCCCGAACGGCUUCCGCGACCGGACUUACGAAGCCGAGGGGUUUGGCAAGCGCACGACCGACACGGUCAUCCUGCCUGACGGCACGACGGUGCUCGUCGAGGCGUGGAGGUGCGGGGCGUGCGCCAAGUGGCGCGAGGCGCGGCGAGACAAGCGCGCCAACGCCAAAGAGGAGGCCGACAAGCUGCGGGAACAAGGGAAGGGUGCUGCGGCUGACAAGCUCCUGUCGGACCUGGAGGACGAGCUGGGCCCGCACGAGGAGCGCCCCGGCAAGAACUGCGGGUGCGCGAAGACGGCAAGCUGCCAGACGUGGGCGCCGGACGGCUUCCACAAGAACAGGACGUGCGCAACUCGGGGGUGCGAGAACCCGAUGUCCGACGCGGACAUGGCCGAGCGGCGCGCCGAUGUGUUCGGCGACACGGCCUGCCGCGACUGCGGCACGCUGGCCGCCCGGUGCUUCGACAAAGCGCACGACGGCUGGUACAAGUACGGCACGUCUGGCUACUGCGGCGCUUGCUACCGCGCGAGGUAUCCGGUCAUCGACCUGACGGGGUCGCCGAGCGACAUUUCGGGGCAGGUCAUCGACCUGACGGGGUUGGACUGA